AUGCUGGUAUCGCUGCAAUCUCUCUCUCUCUCUCUCUCUCUCUCUCUCUCUCUUUCUCUGCUUUCAAGAAGUCACUGCUUUCGUCUCUCUCUGCUUUCAAGAAUUGUAUCUGAUCUGCUCAAGCUGCUGCCGAAGGAAGACCUCAAGGACCUCUUGGGCACCGUCACCAGCAACCGUGUCGUCACCUUUUCCACGCAAGAGGCCAUCAACGCCAUCUUUGAUAAUUCAACCGAUCUGCGCCAGCUCCUCGCCCGCCGGAAACUAAAAAAGGCAACCCUUGCCACCUAUGCUCAGGCAUGUGCCCCCCUUAUUACCGACUGGAUCGUGAUCUCCAAUCAUCUCGGCUUGACAAUCGAUAUUGCCGCCAGCAAAGCGGCCAUCGAGGACACGAUUGUACAAACCAUUCAAAGCCGUCGCCCUACAACCUCGAGACCGGCUCAACGAUCGCUCUCCGCCCCGCCAAGUUCUGCUACCCCACAGUCCUCGCCCCAGCCACCCGUUCCAGCACAGGCGUCCUUCGCCACCUCGCCCGGAACGCCUGUUCAUGCGCAUGCAUCCCACACUGCCUCGUAUGAGCGCCCCCAUCAGUACUACCAACCUUUUCAGGUUGAACCAGCGUCGCAAGUUUUAGCAGCUCAGUCGUAUGCAAGCCCAACACAGGCACUCUCACCCAGGGACACGGAGGCUGCCCAGGCCCGCCUGAUUGCUUCGAAUUUUGUCGAGCAGUAUUUUUCGCGCCCCCUCGGCGAGUCAGAUGCUUUUCCACAUUGCAAUUUUCGCGUCAGCUUCAUCUUUGAGGCCGAUACGUGCAGCAAGGCGCACACUGGAAGUCAUAGCCUCAUUGCCUGGCACCAGGAGCUUAGCUCCCGCGGCUAUAAAUUAACCUAUCCUCAACCAGGGCGGGCCUUUG